GCCGGGGCCGUGCCGGGCCGCCGUGCCAGGGCCGUGCCGGGCCGCCGCCGCCGCGCCAUGGCGGCCUGAGCCGCGCUCUGCCCGGCCAUGGAGCGCGGCGCCCCGGCCCGCGGUGCCGCCGUGCGCUACAGCGCCCAGCUGCAGGUGAGCACACCGGGCGCGGGGAGAGCCCGCAGCGCCUGCCAGCCUUGUGCCGAGCUGCCGCGUGCUCUGCUCGCUCCGGUUCCUUCAAGCCUGGUGGGUUCAGGGCUGCUCUGGAUCCCUCAGGAAGGAGGGAUUCCAGCUCACCCUUGGGUAAGGUCAGGAGAAGCUCUUUGGGAGACGUUGCUGAGCUCAGCAGAGCAGAAAAAAAAAAACAGCUUUGGGGAAGUGGAGAUCACCUGUCAGUGCCGGCUUUGGGUCUCGGUGUCAGUGCUGCCGUUGCUCCGGGGGUUUUGGUUUCAGCUGAGGGCUGUGGGGUUUGAGUAAAGGUAAACUCCGUGCUACUGAGUUGUGUGCAGAGUCUGGCUCUGGGUUGUUUAGCAACAGAUCUGACUAAACCUGUUCAAGUAUCAUAAAGGACAAUUUUAACCGAGAGCUGUGGGGCUUCAUUAAUUAACCGCUGCAUUAUUUACCAGUGUGUUCUGAGACCUGAGUGAGCUUCUUGUGUAGAUCUUCCCGGCUGAGGGUUGGGCAGGGACGGCUGAGUUUGGGUUGCACCUCCAGAGCCUGUUCUGUGCCACAGAGCUGUUCCAAACACAGGGUUUUGGGUUAAAGCAGGCCAGCAGCAUUUCCCACCCCACCCUACCUGCAGGCUGUGUGGUGUCUGUCUCCAAGGCCUGGCUUUAGUAGUUAUUAUCUCACAGCAACAUAGGAGUUGGUGGUUCUGUCACUGAUCAAAAAGCUGGCCUACAGCAAGAAAUUUUCUCUUGCCUUCAGUUCCACUGUCCGGUGUGUGCCAUGACUGGGAUUGGGAAGGAGAUGCUCUUGCUGAAGCAGUCCAGCUCAAGCUUCUUGUCCCUGGCCAGGCUGGGGUAACACUUGUGGGACAUGAUCUUCCCUGCCUGGCUUGUUCUCUUGGCAGAAGGUAGCUUUGUGCUCUGAUUUGUUUUUAUGCAGGACUGAGGACUCAAGUGGGUCCCUUCCAUGGUUCUGGAUCAGUUUUCCCCCUGUGUCAGUUCAAGAGAGACUGAUCUGAUCCAGAGCAGCUUCCCUGAAGACAGUACCUGCCCUCCUGGCAGGAAACAACACAAAUAUUUUGUCACCCAUGGACUGUUGUUAGACUUUGCCCCUUAUUCCUCCACUUAUGAGAGUGGAGGAAAUUAGUGGUUUUGAAACGUCUUGUGUCUCCUCCUGUGCUGAUAAAGGAGCUGCCGUAGUUUUUGGGCUAAAGAGAAGCUGCCCCUCUUCCUUAGAAAGGUGCAGAGUGUUUCCUUGGGGUAGUGGCUGGCAGGUGAGCUGCUGCUUGGGCCAGUUUGGCUGGUGUUGGUGCCAAAAGCAAACAGGGAUAAGGAAGACACAAUGAGAAAAGGGCUGAGGCCAGACCUUUGCUCAGCAAAUGAAAGAUCACUGUGUAAAACCUUUGAGGGAGCAGCGAGAGUGUUUUGAGGGCCUGGCGUGUGGAAGGUAUCAGGGCAAAGGUUCUCCCCUUGCCCGGGGUAGAAUCUAUCAUUUCCAUCCAAAGGCCGCCUGGGACAGACUGGGAAACAAUGCCCUGCAAUAUCCGGGCCAUGGGCUGGGAUGGGGAGGGAGCAGCCAACAGGGAUGGGGUUGGCAGACAGAGACUUUCCUGGUUGGAGGUGCUUGUGUUUUCCUGGCUGUUGGCUUCAAACAUUGAAGACUCGUGGUCCUGAUCCAUCUCAGAACUGCAGGAAUGAGUAAAGUGUCAAAAGGAUUGUGGAGGUUGAGGUCUGGGGCUCUGCUGCUUUGGUUAAGCUGCUGGAGGCAGUUCUGUUUUCCAGGCAGUUCUGUCUGUACCAGGAAAGACAUACGAGUGAUUUAAAUCAGCUGUUUGCAUCUGUGGCAUGUUUCUCUGCUGCUCUUGGGACAUCAGUGUGUUGUAAGGAGGAAUUUUAUGGCCCAUAGGUACACACAUCAGGGCUGUAGGGUACCUUUAUUCCCAGCUUCUCCCCAAGAGUUGUUCAGAUUUAAGUGUAAAAUUCUCUGCUACCACAGACACACAGAAGCGUGGUAGCUUUUUCUGAGCUGCUGUGAUGCAGAACAGAGCUGCACCCAUCAGCCUGGACGGGGCAGCAAGCCAAGCCUGUGCUAUCUCUGCAAACAUUAACAUUAGUAUCUUCUAUAAUAAACCUAAAGGAAUUUGUUUUCUCGUAUGACUCAGAGUGGUCACAAGACAAUCUGCUGUAGAGGGUUAAGCUCAAACUUGGUAUGUGAAAUAGGUGUGUGUGUGACCUGUAUCUUUCACUAUUGCACCUGCCCUCUAUGCCUGAAGAUGCAGUCUGUAGGACUCUUGUCUUUGAGCUCUUGCCCCAUAUUCCCUUUUUAGUUUUGAUGUCAUCAUUUUAUACCUUCAUUGUCCUUAAUACAGAACUGAAGGUGAAAAAUAAUGCACUGGAAAAGUUUCUUCAGUACUUUGCUGCCUGUGGUGAGGCAGCACAGCACGAAUCCAUGUUACGUAAGUUUCACUUCCCAUGUGUGCUGUUUCCAUGUAUUUGUUAUCAAGAGUAAGAAGAGAAGUGAGAUGAUUCUUAUCAGAUCUUUUUCCCUGUUUGGGUUUGCAGCAAGAAUUGGUGCAAGAGUUGAUUUAAGGAUGGUGUAGCUGUACUUGAGCGACUUGGCUGAAAUAAGUUGCACAUGCUGUUUACAUUUGUUUUACUUUUCCAGAUGGGUAACAGGCUGUUUUCCCUCAUACCAGCAUCGCAAAGCUGAUGUUGGCUUUCAACAUGAUUCAGGAAUUCUCAGCUUUUGAAAAUACAACUUUUCUGGCUGUUUUUGCCACACAAGCCCACCCUGUUGGUCUCCUGAGCUCUGAACUGGCCUGCUGGCUAUGUCGUGAGACUGUGGCCCAGUCGAUGGGUUUCAUUCCUCUCGUUUCUCAUGUGGUAUUUGUUUUAGUUUUUAUUGAACACCACCCGAGGCAGGUGUGGCUAAAAAGGGGGAGGUGGGAAUUGCCUCUCAGAUACACAGGCUGGGAUCUCCAAGUUCUAAUUGCCCUCAGGAGUCUAACCAUGCAGUCCAAUGACUCUGCUUCAUCUCUGACCUCCCUGUGCCUCCUCCAGCCUGGUAUGUUAUGGGUUCCUUUUCUUGGUGGUUUAGAUUGGUCUCAGAUGGUGACUUUUUUUGCUGUGAGAUUUUAUUUGGUUGCACACCUGCUCUUACCUUGUAUGAUCUGGGCAGCUUUGGCCCUGAGCAGUGCCGUGGCAGACCGGCAGAGUAUGAAGUUGGAAAAGUCAAAGGAAGUAGGUAAAUCUCAUGUCUGGUGCUGGAUGAACAAAUUAACUGGUGGUCAUAAAGGACUUGUGAAACUAAUGACCAGGAGCCCAGUCCUUCUGUGGGUCAGAGUCCUGCGAGCAGAUGCAGACACUGAGGGGGACAUGGAGCGCCUGUUUUGGAGGAGAGUGGAACAGUAAGAGGUUUGGUGACUGGGACACGUCACCAUCUGGGAGUGCCAAACAAGGCAGAAACCAGCCUCUAUGUGGGAUGCUGAUUCCAGUGGGACCCCUGCUUUGCACACAUCAUGGUGGAGAGCAGUAUUCUCUGGCAUAUCCCAGCCUUUCCAUGAUCCCUCACUGAGGAGAAUCUCUCUGCUUUCCUCUAAGAUCUCCAGUGCAGAGCUGGGUCCCACCGCCCCCUUGUGCCAGCUGCAUUUCCUGCUGACAGAAUUAGUCACUUCUGCAUCUGGUUUGUCCAGUUGGACAGAGCACAGUCACCAUCUAAAAAUACAUCGUGUGGCUUACAGAAGGAGGAGUGAGAGGUCUGCUCUUCCCAGGAUUGAGCUCAGACUCUGUGCAGAAGAGCAGGAACCCUCCAAGCGCUCUAUAAAUCCAUCUAUGUGCACUUAUUUUCCAAGUUUCUUCAUGGAGUCGGUACUCCAGGGGAAACUGAGGCAUGAGAGAUCUGGGACAGUGCCUGUCUGAACCUUUCCCUGGAUUGGCUUUUCUGCCACAGCUGAUGCUGUGACCAGUGUGGGUCACACUGCCUGUGGGGGGAGCCUGGCCAUACCGGCAAGGACUGAGUGAGGAGGAGCAGGAGGAAGUAACUGCUGCAGUGACUAAGGCAGAGAGAAUAUCAAGGGAGGUUUUCUGUUAAUAAUGUUUAUUUGAGCAGUUUCCUUAAGAAGGAUGAGACAGUCAGACCUUGAGUCACUUGGGGCUAGAGACGGUUUCUGGAGGAGCCAUGGACAAGGACAUGAACAACCUGGACGAAGGGGUGGAGUUCCUCCCUGCCAUGAAUUCCAAGAAGAUGGAGAAGCGCGGACCAAAGCGGCAGGUGGUCAUCACUGUGCUGAUCAUUGUUUUUCUGCUUGUCUCCCUCACCACUGGCCUCCUGUUCUGGCACUUCAAAUACAGGAACACACCUGUCCAGAAGGUUUUCAAUGGCCACUUGCGGGUUCUGAACUGGGAAUUCCUGGAUGCCUAUGAGAACUCCAGCUCUCCAGAGUUCAGUAUGCUGGCCAAGAAGGUGAAGAGCACGGUGGAGGAGAUCUACAGGAAUCAUGCUGAUAUUGGUCCUUACCACAGAGAGACAGUAAUCACUGCCUUCAGUGAAGGCAGUGUCAUUGCCUACUACUGGUCAGAAUUCCUUGUGCCUAAAUACCGGGAAGGGAGCCUGGACAGGGCAAUGGCUGACAAGCAGAGCCUGGUGCAGAGGUGGAACCCCCGCCUGAGAAACCCCAUGCUGAAGGUGGAGUCAGUCAUUGCUUUCCCUGUGGACCCCAGCAUAGCUCACUCUGCCCGGGACAACAGCUGCAUGUUCUCCCUUCAUGCCAAGGAAGGGGAGGUCACCAGUUUCACCACGCCGGGCUUCCCCAACAGCCCAUACCCCAACAAUGCCCUCUGCUACUGGGCAUUGAGGGCAGAUGCCAGUUCCAGCAUCAGUCUCACCUUCAAGACCCUGGAGCUGGAGCCAUGCAGAGAUGACAGUGACUACAUCAAGGUGUAUGACUCGCUGAGCCCUGUGGAGCCCCACGCCUUGGUUAGGCUUUGUGGGAAUUAUGCCCCAUCCUACAACCUGACCUUCCUGUCCUCCCAGAAUGUCAUGCUAGUCACGUUGGUUACCAACAAGGAGGGGCGAUUCCCUGGCUUUAAGGCUGAGUUCUUCCAGCUCCCAAAGAUGAAAGCCUGCGGUGGGAUCCUGAAGGGAGACAGUGGCACCUUCACAACUCCCUAUUACCCAGCACACUACCCCCCAGACAUGGACUGUGUCUGGAACAUUGAGGUUCCCUCUAUAAAGAACGUGAAGGUGCGUUUCAACAUGUUCUUUGUGCUGGAGCCUGGGAUCCCAGUCAGCUCCUGCACCAAAGACUAUGUGCAGAUCAACGGCACAAGGUACUGUGGGGAGCGCUCCCAGUUUGUGGUGGCCAGUACCACCAACAAAAUCGAGCUCCGGUUCCACUCAGACCAGUCCUACACAGACACAGGCUUCUCUGCAGAGUUCCUGUCCUACGACUCCAGUGACCCCUGCCCUGGCAAGUUCACUUGCAAUACUGGCCGCUGCAUCGACAGGAGCAUGCGCUGUGAUGGGUGGCUGGACUGUGUGGACGGCAGUGAUGAGAGGUCCUGCACCUGUACCGAGCAGCAGUUCAGGUGCCAGAAUGGCUGGUGCAAGCCAAAGUUCUGGGUCUGUGACAAUGUGAACGACUGUGGCGACAACAGCGAUGAGCUACAAUGCAGCUGUUCAGCUGACAGCUUCAAGUGCAACAACGGGAAGUGUGUCCCCAGCACACAGAAAUGUGAUGGCAAGGACGACUGUGGGGACGGGAGCGAUGAGGGCAGGUGCAGCACAGGCCAGACCACAGUCCCCUGCAAGGAGUACACGUACAAGUGCCGCAGUGGACGCUGCAUCAGCAAACAGAACCCUGAGUGCGACGGGGAGCAGGACUGUGAGGACCACUCGGAUGAGGAUAACUGCAACUGUGGGCUCCGCUCCUACGUCAGGAAGUCACGGAUCGUUGGUGGGCAGAACUCGGACGUGGGAGAGUGGCCGUGGCAGGUCAGCCUGCACGUCAAGGGCCAGGGCCACAUCUGUGGGGCCUCGCUGGUGUCAGCAAGCUGGCUGGUGUCAGCAGCACACUGCUUCCUGCCACUGCAAGGCAUCAGGUACUCAGACCCCAGCCUAUGGACAGCCUACCUGGGGCUGACUGACCAAGGUGACCGCAGCAGCCCCAAUGUGCAAACCCGCAAAAUCAAGCGCAUCAUUUCCCACCCCUUCUUCAAUGACUACACCUAUGAUUACGAUAUUGCUGUGCUGGAGCUGCAGAGCCCUGUCACCUUCACAGCUGUUGUCCAGCCCAUUUGCCUGCCUGAUGCCACCCACAACUUCCCUGUGGGCAAGGACCUGUGGGUGACUGGAUGGGGAGCAACUGCAGAAGGAGGUACGGGAGCUUCCAUCCUGCAGAAGGCAGAGAUCCGGCUCAUCAACCAGACUGUGUGUAACCAGCUCCUGACAGAUCAGCUGACGCCACGCAUGAUGUGUGUGGGGAUCCUGACCGGUGGUGUGGAUGCCUGCCAGGGAGACUCUGGGGGGCCCCUGGUCAGUGUGGAGCCCAGUAGUCGGAUGUUCCUGGCCGGCGUGGUGAGCUGGGGCGAUGGCUGUGCCCAGAAGAACAAACCUGGGGUGUACAGCCGGCUCACGAGCCUGCGAGACUGGAUCCAGGAGCACACAGGCCUCUAGGGAUGGAUCCCUGCCUGGAUGCUCUUGGACAGCAAUGGCUGGAGGCACUUGGCAGUGCCAGCCAUGCACAGCCUCUACUGUGAACUUCAACCCUCCCUCUACCUCGCUGCGAGCACCUGGGACUCCACGUGCAACCAGAGCUGAUGGUUUGGUUUAGCCCUUAGUCUGAGAAAUCUAUGUUUGGAGAAGUUUCUCUUGUGGGCAGGGUAAGCUAGUGCCACUCCCAUGAACAAUUUGAAUGAGCCAUCACUCAAGAUUACAUAUAGUAAUAAACUUUUUAAAAAAUCUAAUUAAAAAAAAGACAGUUUGUGUUUAGAGGCAAACUUUAUUGGACAAGUUCAAAAACAAGGUUUCAGCAUAUAUUCUAAGUUGUGCAUUUGUUUUCAAACAGCCAUCCAUACCCUUUCUCUAGUGUUCAGCCAUAGGGGGGUUGAAGGGAGGUCUUACAUAGUUUUGGGGGGAUUCCGUUUGAGAUCCCUCCCUUGUCCCACACCAUGGUCCCCUCCUUCUGUCCUCUGUCCAGCUCUGCUUCUGACAUGGCCAAGUCCAGGACUGGGGGCUGGAAGGAGAGAUGUUGGGCUGAAACACCACCGCUCAUCCUGAGGAAAGGCACAGGCAGAGAUCAAAUGCCAUCACUCACCCCAAAGAAAGCCAUAGGCAGGGCUCAAACACUAUCACUCGCUGUGAGGGAAGCCACAGGCAGAGCUACUGGCACAUGUGGAGACCUAGAGCCCUUGGCAUCACUGGAUUGUGCCUUAAUGUCACACUAAGCUGAGCUGAUGCAGCUUCUCCUGAGCCCCAGGUGCCUGGAAUCACUGUGAAGAGCACAAGGGCUGCACUGAAAUCUUCCUAGAGUGCUCCCCACAAGGACACCACCAGUCAGCUGUGCACACCAGCCUUACACCUAUCUUAAUUUUGUAAAGAAAAAUGUGACUUGUGAAUGUGCUGAUUGUCUUCCUUUUCCUCUGUAGUCUGUUCCUACCCCAGCAAAGCACACUGCAGCUGAGUUAGUCCCUUCCUCACCUGUAAAUACAUUGUUUUGUAAAACUCUCAGAACUGAGAUUCUGCAAUAAACUGGGAUAUUUUCUAA